AUGGACAUUCAACUAGGUCAGGCUAUACCAAUUCAUAGUUCCAUUGAAGGAUUUGAUCCUCAUAAUUACAACCAUGGUUUAAAUAAUCAUGGUGGAUGUUAUGAAAACAACAAGUAUGUCGAAAAUAAGUUUAACUUUGAAGAGUCGUAUGGACAUUUUUUGAAACCUUUGUCUUUGUUAGUAUGUAAUGGACAACCAAAUGAGGAAGAUGGCCGCGGAAAAAAGAUGAAUCGAAACAUUCAUACGUUACACAAUGAAGGAGAAAACCAAUUGGUGGGGUGGCCACCAAUAAAAUCAUGGAGGAAGAAAGAGCUUCAUCAGCAACAUCCUAACCAAAUAAGGAUUGAUCAUAGAAUGCAAGGUAAUGAAAAUCAAAGAGGAUGGAGCAAACUAUGCACUCACAUUUCAGAAUAA